AUGGCGGCGUCCACAGGUGAUUCAGUGGAUGUCCGAAAUAAUUGUAAAAUAUGUAUUAUUGGUGCUGGCAUGGCUGGUCUGUCAGCAGCAAAUCAUUUAUUAAAAAACAAUUUUAGUGAUUUUAUUAUAGUUGAAGCAAGAAAUCGUAUCGGUGGACGUAUAUGUUCUACUAAAAUAGGUGAAGAUAAUAUUGAAUUAGGGGCAAAUUGGAUCCAUGGAGUAUUGGGGAACCCAAUAUUUGAAUUGGCGAUGGCGAAUGGUUUAAUAAAUAUAAUAAACUGUCCAAAACCCCAUAAAGUUGUUGCAGCAAUGGAAGACGGCAAGCAAUUGUCAUUUCCUAUUUUACAAGAAAUAUAUGAAGCAUAUGUAUGUUUUUUACGUCGUUGCGGUGAAUAUUUUUUAAGUGCAUACGUGCCGCCAGAUGGUAUCAAUAGUGUUGGUGAACAUAUUAAAUUAGAGUCAACAUUAUAUUUAUCAUCAUUACCUGAAAAUGAACGUAAAAUACGACAGUUGUUGUUUGAUUGUUUGUUGAAACGUGAAACAUGUAUUACUGGCUGUGAUAGUAUGGAUCAAGUUGAUUUACUUGAGAUGGGAAGUUAUGCUGAAUUACAAGGUGGUAAUAUCAGUUUACCUGGUGGUUACAGUAGUAUAUUGGAACCUGUUACUAAACACAUUCCUAAGGAUAAAAUUUUACUAGGACAUCCCGUUACUGAGAUAAGAUGGCAGUCAGAAGACGAUACGGAAGGAGAAGAAAAAAAUAAAAUUCGCGUCAGCUGUUCAAAUGGUAAAACAAUAACAGCCGACCAAUUAAUUUGUACAUUACCACUAGGUGUAUUAAAAAAAAAUAAAGCAAUAUUUAACCCACCAUUACCACAAUACAAAUGCGAAGCAAUAGAUAAAUUAAUGUUCGGUACCGUGGAUAAAAUAUUUUUAGAAUACGAUCGUCCAUUUCUAAACCCCGGAGUAUCUGAAGUUCUUCUUCUGUGGGACGACAGUGUCAUCAGUGAUCAAGAAGAUUCUUCAUCUACCAAAGACAUAAGUAAAACGUGGUACAGAAAAAUCUACUCCUUUACAAAACUAUCCGAGACAUUAUUGCUUGCAUGGAUAUCAGGCCGCGAAGCCGAGUACAUGGAGCAAUUAACGAGCAAAGAAAUAUCUGAUGCCUGCACAAUGAUAUUGAGAAAAUUUUUAAACGAUCCGUUUGUUCCUGUACCGAAAAAUUGUUUGAAAACAAGUUGGCACUCACAGCCAUGGACUUGCGGGUCUUACACCGCGGUUGCGAUUGGCUCCAGUCAACUAGAUAUCGAAGCGCUCGCUGAGCCUCUUGUUUGCGAUGAACCAGACGGCAGCAAAAAAAUAUUAAUUGCCUUCGCGGGUGAGCACACGCACUCGAGUUUUUAUUCGACUGUUCACGGCGCUUAUUUGACUGGUCGCACUGCUGCGGCGAGUAUCAUUGAGUCAAAGCAAUUAAAUGAUCAUUGUAAGCUCGGUAAUAAUCAAGGGCUUAGUCUUAUUUGCGAGGAUACUAGUGAUCUUAGUUCUUGGAUUCAAGGCAUUUCGCUUAACUAGUUUAAGUUAUUUUUUAAAUUCAAAUUCGAGUUUUUUUAAUUUACAGGCUGUACUUAAAUAACGUAACAUUUGGAAGCACAUUUUUACCUCCACCUUUUUUUUCUCCCUAUUGUAUGUAAAUUUUUUUAUUGUGCUAAAAAAGUGCGAAUGGUUUCAAAAAUUCAACUUCGGGAUUCCCUGUCUGGUGUCGGAUUUUUUUUCCCGCGACAUUCAAAUUGGGACUUUUUGGGAUUCCCAGUCCGGUGUUGAUUUUUUCCAUCAGAAAUUAAAUUAAUUACCCCUCCUCCCCCUAACCCUUAAAAUUUGUUAUGUAAUUUAAGUACUGACCCUCAGCGGUAAUUGAAAUAUUAAAGAAACUUUUGAUAUAAAAAAAAUAUAUACGUUAAUUUUAUUUGUAAUUGAUGUGAAAUUUUUUUUUUUGUUAUUUAAUGAAUGUAUAUAUUUUUCUUCAAUAUCAAAGACCGAAAUUACGGAUAAAAAAAACCGGGUAAUUUAAAUUAAACGCUUUUUUUAAGCUAAAAUUCUUUGUUUGUAAAUAUGCAAAGAAAUUAUAAUUAAUGAUAGUAAUUAACGCUUUUGUACAUACCAACAGCCUAAUUAAAAAUAAAAUAUUUAUCUAGUCAAAAUAAUAAAAAUAAUUGCCACCAGUAUAUUAAAUUUUUUUUUACGAUUGCAUUAAUUAGUGCCAUAUAUUUUGCACUCAUUAAUUAGUUGUUAAUAAUAUUUACUUGUUUUAUGCACGAAAACCAAAGGAUAAAAAAUUUCCA